UCGUUCCGAAAGAAAACUUUACGAACACGCCAUAAGCAGGGGACACGAAACACGAGGCAUCGGCCAUUUUUGUUGAACGCGUCCUUUCUCAUCGUGUCAAGAUGAAGAUCGGUUUGUGCGCGUACAGCGGAUACAAGAUUUAUCCGGGCCAUGGCAAGACCAUGGUCAAAGUUGACGGUAAGACCUUUACUUUCCUCAACUCGAAGUGCGAGUCUGCACACUUAAUGAGGCGAAACCCUAGGAAAGUGACAUGGACUGUUUUAUACAGACGUAAACAUAAAAAAGGUCAGGAAGAGGAACAAACCAAAAAGAGGACGAGACGUGCACAGAAGUUCCAACGUGCCAUUGUAGGUGCUUCCCUCACAGAUAUCAUGGCUAAACGUAACAUGAAACCAGAGAUUCGUAAGGCCCAGAGGGAACAAGCGAUCAAGGCUGCGAAGGAACAAAAGAGAGCUGCAAAGGCAACGAAGAAAGCUGUUGCUCCUCCGAAAACGAAACAAGCACCAAAACAGAAAGUUGCCAAGGUGACGCAAAAGGCGGCACCUCGCGUUGGAGGAAAACGUUAAAGUCUGUAGCUAUAUAAAUAAAGUAAAAUAUAAUUCAA